GUCUGUGUGUCUCACAGGGCUCCAUUGACUUUUGAAACGGUUGGAAUUCGACAAGGCCUAAGCAGCGGAGCAAGAAAGCCUUAUCGGUCACCAUGGCCUCUUGCCCCACCGCCUUUUUCUGCAACCACGCAGCAACAGCAGCACCGUGGUCAUCUUCCAGAACCGGAACCAGAAGAAGCUUCUGUAGGCGGAGCUCUGUGAAAACAACCAUCAAUGCCAAGCUCGACCAGAAGACGUCGUUAAAGUACAAGAAGCUCGGAGACUCAGACCUUGUAAUUAGCGAAAUCACUCUCGGAACCAUGACAUUCGGCCAGCAAAACACAGAGAAAGAAGCUCAUGAGAUUCUCAGCUACGCAUUCGAAAAUGGGAUUAACGCUUUGGACACUUCAGAAGCUUACCCAAUUCCAAUGAAGAAGGAAACUCAGGGAAGCACUGAUCGUUUUAUCAGCAGCUGGCUCAAGUCUCAACCCCGUGAUAAGGUUAUUUUGGCAACAAAAGUAGCUGGGUAUUCGGAGACGGCAAGUUAUCUGCGUGACAAUGCCACGGUCUUGCGGGUGGAUGCUGCAAACAUUAAGGAAAGUGUAGAGAAAAGCCUUAAGCGCCUUGGCACAGAUUACAUUGAUUUAAUACAAAUUCAUUGGCCAGAUCGCUAUGUGCCACUAUUUGGUGCAUAUUCUUAUGAUUUUUCCAAAUGGAGACCAAGUGUGCCAUUCGUGGAGCAGCUGAAGGCUUUUCGAGAACUCAUUGAUGAAGGAAAGGUACGCUACAUUGGUGUUUCCAAUGAAACUUCAUAUGGAGUGAUGGAAUUUGUACAUGCAGCUAAAGUUGAAGGACUACCAAAGAUUGUCAGUAUCCAAAACAGUUACAGUCUGCUAGUUAGAACUCAUUUUGAAAUUGAUCUUGUUGAAGUUUGCCACCCGAAAAAUUACAACAUUGGCUUACUGGCUUAUUCUCCACUGGGUGGUGGAUCUCUUACUGGAAAGUACAUAGAUAUCAAUUCCGAAGCUGCAAAAAAUGGGAGGCUGAACCUUUUCCCUGGCUACAUGGAAAGAUAUAACAAAUCUAUUGCCAGGGAAGCAACAAUAAAGUAUAUCGAGACAGCCAAGAAGCACGGGCUAACACCGGUUCAGCUUGCGCUUGGGUUUGCACGGGACCGUCCAUUUGUGACAAGUUCAAUCGUUGGUGCAACUUCUGUGAACCAACUGAAGGAAGACAUUGAUGCUUUUCUGUUGACAGAGAGGCCUUUGCCACCGGAAGUGGUGGCUGACAUUGAAGAUAUUUUCAAGAGAUACAAAGACCCUACCAUUUUUUGAAAAAAGUAGCCUAGGAAGUGUAAUUAUUGUUUUCACUUCACAUGUCUGGUUUAGAUGACAAUCGACGGUCAAUGAUAUCCCUUGUUUGACCUUGGGAAUUCCGGUUUUGUGCGGUGAGGAGAAGCAUAAGAUUAACAAGGCCUCGACUUCCAUUUCAGAAAUUUUCUGUAUCCUCCUUUGUUUUCUUUUUCUUUCGUUUCCUCUAAUUUGCUUAAGUGUUGUCUUCAUGCU